CUCAAGCAUUAGAGUUAUUGGAGAUCCGUGCUUCCGAAGAAUUUCCUAAAGCUGGAUUGAGAUUCACUUUCCCCGAGGCGCUUUGUCCAUUUGCUUUCAUCUGCAAAAACGAGAUUACUGCCACUUCCAGAUUCCCCUACUUGCUUUUUGUAUUGACUGUGUCUGGGGUGGCUUACCUCUUGAAAAUUCGAAAUGUUUCUACAUAUGCAUCCUGCUCCGUCUUCCCAGCUCACGAGCUUACAGAGCUUAACUUGCACAAUUACUCGAAUUAUAUGCCAGUGACUGCAGUAACAGCAACUUCCGGGUGUCUUGUUGUUGGCAGAAAUGAUGGUUCGGUCUGCUGUUUUCAGCUCGGUGUACUUGAUCCAAGUGCUGCUGGAUUUGUGGUUGAGCUGAGAGAUGAAGUUGGAAUCAGCCGAUUGUGGGGCCUUAUGUCACGGGGUAAAAUGGUGAGUUUAGUACAAGACAUGGUGAUAUAUGAGCUUCAUGGGAAAAGAUUUCUGUUUGUACUUCAUCUGGAUGGGUCAGUACGAGUUUGGGAUCUCUCAUGUAAUUCCAGGGUCUUUAGUCAUACUAUGGGCACUACAACCAUGACAGGUGCUAGCUUUAUGAAACUAUGGUUGGGUCAACCUUGUUUGGAUUCAAGUACGAUUCCAGUGGCAAUUUUGUGCAAACAGUCAUUGGAUGAAAGCUUGGAGAUGAUCUCUAUACACAAUAUCCAAUACAAUUUUAGUGACAGAAUAAUUUUCUCACUGAAGUCUUCACGAAAUAUUUCUUUGGAGGAGGGAGGAUGCAUUGACGUCAAACUAACUUCCAACAAGAUAUGGAUACUGAAGGAUGAUGAACUAAUAUCACGCAUGUUUUCUGCAAAUACUGACGAGGAAGAAGAAUUUUCUCAUGUAUUACAAGAAGAGUUUGUUGCUGAUCAACUAUUUCAGGGUUCAGAUCAUCUUGCAGAUGAAAUUUUGCAGAUUGCUCAUUCAUUAUUUUCAUCUUCCAAGGAUGAUAUUGUGCCAUUUGUAUCCUCAAUUUUCUUACGCAGGUUGCUUCUUCCUGGAGUGCAUCAUAAUGCAGUUAUGCAUGCAACCCUAGUUGAGUAUAAAAAGCAGUUGGUUGAAUCUGUGUUCCGAGCAUUAACUUCUGAUGGACUAAAGAAGGAGAUACUUUCAGCUAUUGAACAUGAGGUUGGAACUGAAAAGAUGUCGAUAUUUCAAUGCUGGAAGUAUUUUUGCACCCGCUACUUCCAUAAUUGGUGCAAGAUCAAUGCAUCCUGUGGCUUGUUCAUUGAUUACUCUACUGAUGCAGUUGGUUUAAUCAGAAAAAGUUCAGUAUCGCUUUUUCGUUCUUUGGAAGAUAUUGAGCGGAUUAUAGAAGAAGGAGGGGGUGAUCUCACAGGUCUUGUGGAUUUAUUUGAUGAUGACCUUGAGCAUGAAGUUCCAAUGGAAUUGUUCAGAUGCGUUUCAAGUUUUAGCCAACAGUUGGGCAAAACUGCUUCUUCUAUAUUUUAUGAAUCACUUCUGAGUAGCCCAGCUAUCUCUUCUGAAGAUAUUGUUCAUUGUAUAAUGAAGAUUCUGGAAACUGGAUAUGGUUCCUUGGCUCCAGCUGUCCAUGCGUCUAUUCCUGGGAAUGAUAUUGUUCUGGAGAAGGAGCUUGCAGAUCGCAGAAAUCUGAGGAGACUUUCUAUUGACAUGUUCUUGUCUCUUCAAGGGUUGUACAAGAAGGCUACAUCAUGGGGCAGGAUUUUGAAUGUAAUUGAGGGUUUUCUGAAAUUUUUGGUUCCACAUAAAACUGUAAAUAACUCCGAUUCAGAAAAAUCAUCAAAUGUCAAUUCCUCCGUUGUAGUCCAUGCUACUUAUCAGAUUGCAAAUGUUAUGUUUGAGUCUGCCUGGGACUUUCUUCUAUUUCUAAGCUAUCUACUGGACAUCAGUGGGCAGAUCCACAUGUCACAUCAUGAUAUAACCAGAAUACAAAUUGAGUUAGUUCCUAUGCUUCAAGAAACUAUUUUUGAGUGGCUAGUUAUCAUCUUCUUUGCUAUCACGCCAUCUGCACCACCUGUGAUUGAGGAUUUUAAUUAUAAACUCUCUUCAUUACAAAUUGACAAUAACAUGGGAAAACGGUCAUGGAAUGAUAAGCUUGGAAGAUGUGAUUCCACACUGGCUUUUAUCUUCUUCCUGAAUGCUAGUUCAUCAAAAGAUGGUAACCAGCUUCCUUCAGAAUACUUUUCAAAUAUGCAGGGCAUUGUUGUCAAUGUUAGAGACUUUGUCAGUUGGAUAAUCUAUGGUCAGACUGGAGGAAUUUCUACCUUCUUGAGCCGUUCAAUUGAUCUCUCCUUUAUCCUUUUCAAGCAUGGGCAGUAUGGUGCUGCUGAGCAAUUGCUUAUGAUGGCGGAGGCUCAUUUGCAAAAGGAGAAAACAUCCCAAAGUAUUCAAGAAGCUGAUGGUGGAUGGUGCAUACGACAGCAUCUUCUAGGCUGUGCCCUUCCACAGGUGCAGUGUGGAUUGCAUGGCACUCUGAAAGAGAAAAAGGUCUCUGAUGCUGUUCGCUGUUUCUUCAGGUCUCCAUAUGGGAAUGGUGCAUCAGAGGCUUUGCAGAGUUUGCCUCAUGACAUAGGAUUGCCAUGUCUUAAUUUUGGUGGUUGUGCAUCGACUGCUGAGUGGAAGCUUUAUUACUAUCAGUGGGCGAUGCAAUUAUUUGAACAAUAUAAUAUUAAUGAAGGUGCCUGCCAGUUUGCUCUUGCUGCACUUGAACAAGUUGAUGAAGCUCUUUGUAUAAAAGAUGAAAAGCACAUGACUGACUCGACUGAUGAAUCAGCAACAGUCAUCAAGGGACGGCUGUGGUCAAAUGUCUUCAAAUUUGCCUUAGAUCUUGGCCGCUAUUUUGAUGCAUAUUGUGCAAUAAUUUCAAAUCCGGAUGAGGAGAGCAAAUACAUCUGCUUGCGACGUUUUGUCAUUGUCCUUUAUGAGCAAGGUGCCAUCAAGAUUCUUUGCAGUAAUAAGCUUCCCCUUGCUGGUUUAAUGGAGAAGGUAGAGCAGGAGCUUGCUUGGAAGGCUGAAAGAUCAGAUAUAUCUGCAAAGCCAAACUUGUACAAGUUGCUUUAUACAUUUCAAAUGCAUCAACAUAAUUGGCGCAGGGCAGCGAAUUACAUGUACUUAUAUUCAGCUCGCUUGAAAACUGAAGUGUCUCUAGAAGAUUACCAGGGUUCUUCAUUGAUAUUGCAAGAGAGGCUGAAUGCACUCUCUGCUGCUAUUAAUGCCUUGCAUCUUGUUCAUCCAGCACAUGCCUGGAUUGAUCCACCAGCCGAAGGAAGUGGUCUUAUGAGUGAACAGUAUCCGAGUAAGAAAGCUAGGAGAACUGUAGAUAUAGAUUUAUCGGCUGAAAGUGAUGCUGAGCAUCAAUGCUGGACAUCUUCUAUUGAUAUUGAAAAACUUGAACAUGAGUUUGUGCUAACAUCGGCAGAAUAUAUGCUGUCGCUGGUAAAUGUUAAGUGGACAUAUACUGGUAAAGAAGGGGCACUGUCAGAUUUGGCUGAUCUCCUUGUCCAAAACAAUUUAUGUGAUAUGGCCUUCACAAUUCUUCUCAGAUUUUUCAAGGGCUCAGGAUUGAAGAGGGAGCUUGAAAGAGUUUUCGCUUCUAUAUCUUUGAGAUGCUGUCUUGAUAAAGUAGAACCCACUUGGAUUGAACCCCACAGUAAUUUGUUGACGUCAUCCAAGCUUGAAAUGGUUGUCCAUGGUUCACCUCGUACAGUUUCUACAACCGCACAACCUGACAGGAAUAGCCAUUGGGCAACUCUGGAGCUUUACCUUGGAAAAUAUUGUGAAUUUCAUGGAAGACUACCUGUUAUUGUUGCUGAAACUCUUCUUCGUGCAGAUGCUCAGAUUGAUUUGCCUCGUUGGCUGGUUCAAUUGUUUAAGGAGGGUCAAAGAGAAAAGAUGUGGGGAAUGGCUGGUCGAGAAUCAAAUCCUGCAUCUUUAUUUCAACUUUAUGUUAACUAUGGUCGAUUUACAGAAGCUACUAAUCUGUUGCUGGAGUUCUUAGAAUCAUUUGCAUCGAUGAGACCAGCAGAUAUAAUCAGACGGAAAAAACCAUUCGCAGUUUGGUUCCCAUACACAACAAUUGAGCGACUACUGUAUCAACUUGAGGAGUUGAUUAAAGCGGGUCACAUGGUAGAUCAGUGUGACAAGCUUAAGAAGAUGUUACAUGGUUCUUUGCAUAAUCACCUCAAGUUGUUAAAGGAGGACUCGAAUGAUGCUAUUUCUGUGCUUGUUGAUUGGUGGUCCGCUAUACCCAGCUAGAGAUCUGUUGCUACCGUAGAGUACCUGCUAUACUAACAAGUAUAUCUAUUCAUUCCUUUCUCCUCUCUCUCUAGUUAUGGAGUAUUUGCUCUAUCAUCUAACCAGGUUUUUUUUUAUUCAUUGAAUUUUUUGGAUAAUGUAUCUAACCAGGUAAAUUAGAGUUUUCUUAUAUUUGCAUGAUUAUCAUUACAAAGCUUCGGGAGGAAACAGUAAAAUUUUGGGGGUGGAAUGGACAGGACUAUGCGUAAGGGAUCACUCAGGCCGGUUCACUAUAAAGGACCAAAUCACGGCUGCUGCUGCAUCUUGUCAGCAUUUGGAGACGGAAUAAUGAAUGGACAUUUGCGUUCUCAACGCCUGUAUUUGUAUAUUCAUUUCCGCAGACCGGUUAUUCAAAUGGAAUCUUGUGUAGAGACGCCUGAUUGAUGUGGAAACAGUGACUGUGUAGGCACGAUUGGAUUCCAGCAGAUAAAAAUCCAGCCCAUGGAAGAUCCUGCCCCAGGAUAUGGACAACGACUUUAGACUUGUCAGAGCCGACUUUGGAGAGUGAAAAUAUUUUGAUUCGUUGGCUUGUGCCAUGGCGUAUACUAUUUUAAAGGGAAAAGCACCAGAAACCGGAUGGAUGUAAAUAUUAUCAUGCGUCUGAGCCCGAGUUUUCAAUUUACGCUCUUAUCGCGG